AAAAUAAAAUAUUGUCUGGCAUUCAAUCAUUACAAAUCUGAUUUCAAAGAGUCAAGUGUUAUGUUUAAUGAUUGUUUUCUUCUUUAAUUGCAGUCACUAAAAUUAAACCUACAUUUUCAGUUAAAGUUGCUGUAUCUUGUUAUCUUUCCACUAGGAGAUUGUGUUUGAGGCUAUCCAAUGAACAAAAGUCCAUAGUGACACGUCUUAAAGAUGUUUUCAAGUAAACUACAAGAGCUGAUUAAGCUGAGUGGAAUCUUUCCCGUUCUUAAACCUGCAGGUCUCACCAGUGCUCAGCUGCUGAACAGAAUUCGUGAGAAACUUUAUUCAGAGGUUGGAAUAACAAUGAAGUAUGCUAGAAAACUAGCACUGGGACAUGGAGGAACACUGGACAAACUAGCAACAGGCGUUCUGGUCGUUGGGGUGGGAGCCGGCUGUAAGCAACUCUCUCAGUUCCUCCAUGGAGACAAGAAGUAUAUUUGCACAGCAGAACUAGGCACAGCAACAGAUACAUUUGAUUGUGGUGGAGUAACAACAGAAACCAAAAAUUAUGAUCAUGUAACCAAAGACAGCCUAACUGAUUGUCUUAAGCAUUUUACAGGCGACAUUCUACAGCUGCCUCCACUAUAUUCUGCUGUGAAAUAUGGUGGCGAGAGGCUCUCUGACAUCACCCGUGAUGGUAGAUCGGUACCAACAUUACAGCCAAGACAAGUCCGAGUACACAGCAUUCAGUGUACGGACUUCUCUCCACCUUUCUUCACUCUAGCUAUACACUCAGGCGGUGGAUUCUAUGUUCGAAGACUUGUGGAUGAUCUUGGAAGAUAUUUGGACACACGUGCUCAUGUGUGUGAACUUGAACGAACUGAACAGUCACCCUUCACACUUAUGGAUUGUCUGAGAGAGGACGAGUGGACACUUCAUGACAUUAAGAGAGCAAUACAGCUAUCCCAGGAUCACUUUCACAAACAAAUGUCUGAAAGAUAUGACAAUGUGAAAUCAUUGUAGCAGCAGCUCAAAAGAUUCUUCCUUCUCCAAUAGCACAUUAAGAUCCUCAAAACAGGACUCGAGCCACUGCAAGACAGUGUCAUACCCACCCAUUGGAGAGAACAUUAGGGGAUUUGUGAUAUCACAAGGUAGUAUCCCACAUGUGGGAGACUGAUUAAAAGACAUCUGAUUGGCUGCUUCAUGGUUAUGACCUACAUGUUAAAGCCAAACCAUCCACUGAAAUUAACACUACCAAAAUGGAUGGCUGCCUAUGACAUACAUGUACAAGUUAACUCUCCAAGCACAAAGUGUCAUAAUCAAGGUUAUUAUUUUUUUUUACACCUGGUUUUGGACAAUUGCUAAAAAAAGAAAAGAAUACAAGAGUUGUAUUACUUUUGCGUGUUAGAGAAGUUUGAAACAAUUUGUAAGAUAAAUGGGAUCCAAUAGCCACUUGUGGAGUAUUCUCGGUGUCUCCAAUAUUAUUUUUGACAGGUUUUUGCUUUGCUUAAUGAAUCAAAACGAUUGCACUAUAAUCCAAUCCUAUAUAUUAAGUGCUCUUCAGAAGCAGAGUGUAGUUCAUCAAGAUAAACCUCGAGUGCAAAGGCGGAUUAUCUUGAUGAAUAGAGCGGACAUCUGUACUUGUAAUAACAAUAAAAGUAAAUUUAUACUGUACUAUAGACAAGA